UGCUUCACAAGGGUCUCUGAGCUCAGAUUCGGUGCUUAGAUAUACACCCAGGCUGGUUUAGUCCAACUGGACCAACUUUAAUCAAUAUCAGAAUUUACUAUCAUCUACAUUUCAAACGGGAUUGCAUAUUUCAACCGCGCACGCAGUCGAAUUUAAUGGAGAUUCAACAGGAAAAGCAUUGAUCUCAACUGACCGAAGUGCGGACUCGAGGUUGAAGUUCGGACUGAACUUGUCCGGUCAGUUUGGACUCUGCGAGAGGGGCGAGGCGGCGGAUGAAUACUGGCUUAUGUGAUGCGGUCACUGUUUGGUUUGACGUGAUACUCCUCUGUUCUCCAAAACUUUUGAACGAUUUAUCGUGUAACCGAUCAGUCUCGACAUCAAAUGAAGAAGAGUGAGACAAUGUUCUGCUAAAUUGAAAACGUGAGCUUCUCCAUUGCGGUUUACUGCGCUCACAGACGCUCUUCAGGACCGGACCACCUCAGCACGAUGGAGUUUCAGUUUUUCUCAUCUCUUUCCUGUAUGAAGCAUUUCUUCGAUUCUCAUGCAUUGUACGCAAUUCACCAUUUGAAGCGAAAUUGUGGCGGCAUAGAUUAUCCUCAGGAAGACUCCCCUCAUUUGCACAGCCGGCUUAAGAGCUCCCUCUUUCCUACUGGCUAACGAAGGCCAAUCAUAGGCGGAGGGAGGAGUCUGCACAGACGUAGGGCUAAAUUGAUUGGAUGACAAAAACUUUUGACACUUACCCAAACUCAACUUCAACGGAAUCGUCUCCUGGUUCCUCAAUCCCACCUUCACCUCUGGAGCAUGACGUCCAAAUGCCCUCCGACUUGGAGGUUAUGACCAAUCUUCUCAAAGAGGAACUGGCUCAACUGGAGGAUUAUUACCUGUACGAAUCGGCGCCUAUGAAAUUAGAGAAAUGGCAAAAAUGUGACAAAAGCUUACAAGCUAUGGCUACGCAGUCAUACUACCAGUUACCCUGCGCUUCAUACAAUGUAAACCAAUCUGAAACAAAUCCCAGGCUGGUUUCCCUGGCAGCUGGAGAGCUCGACUUGCGAGGCUUCUGUGGGGGUUCUGUGAACAGACCGAAAAUGUCCAGACCUGCCCCCUACAGCUACAUUCGGACACACUGCAACAGCCAAAGAAUUUCAUCGAACGGAUGUAAGGACGUUGAAGUGUUUGAGAAAGAGACAUGGACUUUUAAAGGGACUCAUUCAGGUUACGCAGAGCUGGCUUUCGACCAAUGCUCUGUCGAUAAAUCUUUCGGAAAGAAUCACGGCAGUGCAAAGAAGGUUCGUGAAUGUGCCAUACUGUUGAAGGAAGAGGAAAAAAGUUGCUUCAGUGAAGAUGUGUUUUACCGAGCGGAGAUGAUGAGAAGUUACGAUCUGGCUGGGUCCCUGGAGCCCCACCACAGGAGAGAGAGUCAAUGCCAUGGGAUGAAGAUGCUCGGCCAUGAUGGGAUUGCAAUGCCGAUUCUGCAGUGUGCCGAAAACGAGAGUUGCCCACCGCCAUACAAGCAAUCCGAUGUAGCCGAGUGUUACUUCCAUCAGAUUACUGCCAAUUUAGAGCCAUAUCACGGCUUCAUGAAUGAAAUCGAUCAGCCAAUCAGAACUGAUAUCCAGAAUAAUGACUACUUGCACCAUGAAUGCCUUGGGGAUCAAAGCUUUGAAUGUCUGUCCGGUGACAGUGUUGGGUCCUCUUUGGAGUUGCCUGUCCAGAAACCACUACAAAGGUCACGGGAAAGUCAGUGUGUGUUUAAACCAGAUGUUAAAGUAGGUGUGGAGAGAAACCAUGGAGAACGCAAGCAGAAGAAGAGAGACCAGAACAAGUCUGCAGCCCACAGGUACCGUCAGCGUAAGAGGGCGGAGCAGGACUGUUUGGAGGAGGAGCUUCAUGGUUUGGAAGGGCGGAACAGAGAACUUCGGGACAAAGCAGAAUCUGUAGAGAGAGAGAUUCAGUAUGUGAAAGAUCUCCUGAUUGAAGUCUACAAGGCUCGCAGUCAGCGCUUAAAAGAGGAUUCCAGUGCCUAAACCCACUAUUACCAGCAUUUCACCAAUACCAGGCUCUGACAGCAUGUUUUUAUGCUCCAAAUAGUAUUACAAUUGUUUUUUCCAAAGCGAAAGCCGCAUGGGUUCCUGAACCUGAGAGCAUAAUAUCUGAAGCACUGUGAUGAUAGCUUUGAAUACAUUCUAAUGACCUAGCUUGGUAUUUAAAUUUACAGCGAUAUAUUUAACGAAAAGCUGAAUUUCACUUGGGACAUUACACUUCUUUACCCCUGAGUUGUUUUUGUGACAAAAUAUGUGAAAGAUUUUCUGUACAGACUCUCUCCGUUCUUUAUUUACCAUGAAAGAUCAUGCUUCAGUCAACCACGACAUAAUAAUAACAAUGAAGAUUUGUGAUAAUGAUCAAAAUUUGUACUAUUGUACUAAUGCAAAGCACUGCAAUGUAAAUUGUCACUUUUUUGUUGUAUUUACCCUUUUGCAUUAUAUUUCUCCUUAUUUGUGAAAUAUCUCAUGUAAUUCAAUUUAUAAUACAGAAGAACAAGCGCUUCUGCAAUUAUAUUUAAAUUGCUUAAAAACAUAUUUCAAAACAAGGUUUAUAGCAUAUUAAUGACAGAUUUUUUAUAAUUAUAACUUUUUUUUGGCUCAGGUAUGGAAUGCAUGUCUAAUACAUUGAAAAGCAUGUUGGGUUACGAUUUAUUGCAUGACCCAAAAUAUGAAAUGAAUGCUUUUGUGCAUUAUGACAAUAUGUAGAAUUUUUGUUUCGGCCAUUUCUUUUAUUCUCAUUAACAUAGUGCUUUAAAAAUAUGUGCUUUUUUUUUUAAGUUAAUGUAUGUAUUCAGUAUGAGAUAUAGAUUGUUUUAUGCAGGUUUGCGGAAAACAAUCACUGUUAUUUGCUACAGGACUUUAAAAUUCAAAAGAAUUUGAAAGAUUUUAAUGUUUUUGACCAGGUGCACAUUACUACAGUAACAUUCUGUGCCUCUGAAAACAGACAAGAGUAGCAAAUCUGAAUGCAUUUAUUUCUGCAGGUUCUAAUGUGUUUCAGAAUCUACCGACACUUGAUUAAUAAAUACAAAUUAUAUUGUGCAGUAAUUCUUAUUUUUGGUUGAUUAAAAAUGUCAAUAAAUGAUUCUUAAAUAUUUUAUGAA